UGUGUCCAAGAUUAGGUGCUUCUGAAGUUUAAACCCUUGCAAAAGAUUAAAAACAGUUUCAGCAUGAGGAGCCAAAGUUAUUCAAGAUGAAACUGCUGAAUUUCUUUAUACCUGGGGAUAGUGUCUCACCUAUUUAUUCCUUAAACCAACGUGCCACUUGGGAGCAAAUUCAGAAUGUGAUUAUUAGUGUGAAACUUGGGUUGCUGGUGUUGGCAGAAAAAUCCUGAGCCUUGAGCAGAGGCAGAACAGAGAAAGAAAAAGGAAAGAGGAAAUGCUUUGUUGCAGCCAGGGAAAAGGAAAUAGUUCCUCAAAAUGGAGGAUGGGAAGCCUGUUUGGGCUCCACACCCAAAUGAUGGGUUUCAGAUGGGAAGCAUUGUGGAUAUUGGACCUGACAGUUUAACUAUUGAACCUGUAAAUCAAAAAGGCAAGACCUUUCUUGCUGCUAUCAACCAAGUCUUUCCUGCGGAGGAGGACAGUAAGAAGGAUGUGGAAGAUAAUUGUUCGCUAAUGUAUUUAAAUGAAGCUACCCUCUUACAUAAUAUAAGAGUUCGCUAUAGCAAGGAUAGAAUUUAUACUUACGUAGCCAACAUCCUGAUAGCAGUGAAUCCUUACUUUGAUAUACCAAAACUUUAUUCAUUAGAUGCUAUUAAAAAGUACCAGGGCAGGUCACUAGGGACCCUGCCGCCUCACGUCUAUGCAAUUGCUGAUAAAGCCUUCCGUGACAUGAGAAUGCUCAAGAUGAGUCAGUCGAUCAUUGUGUCUGGUGAAUCAGGAGCUGGCAAGACAGAAAAUACUAAAUUUGUUUUAAGGUAUUUGACUGAAUCCUAUGGUAGUGGACAAGAUAUUGAUGAUAGGAUUGUAGAAGCCAAUCCACUACUAGAAGCAUUUGGAAAUGCAAAGACUGUUCGUAACAAUAAUAGUAGUCGUUUUGGAAAAUUUGUAGAAAUCCAUUUCAAUGAAAAGAAUUCGGUCGUUGGUGGAUUUGUGUCACAUUAUCUGCUGGAAAAAUCCAGGAUCUGUGUACAAGGCCAAGAAGAAAGGAAUUACCACAUAUUCUAUAGGCUCUGUGCUGGAGCCCCUGAAAAUAUAAGAGAGAAACUGUAUUUAAGUUCACCAGAUAAUUUUAGGUAUUUAAGUCGCGGAUGCACUCGCUACUUUGCUACUAAAGAAACAGAUAAGCAGAUUUUACAGAAUCGCAAAAGUCCUGAGUACCUAAAAUCAGGUUCCCUGAAGGACCCUCUGCUAGAUGACCAUGGAGAUUUUAACAGAAUGUGUACUGCAAUGAAGAAGAUUGGGCUUAAUGAUGAAGAGAAGCUGGAUCUCUUCCGAGUGGUAGCUGGUGUUUUACAUCUGGGGAAUAUUGAUUUUGAAGAAGCUGGCAGCACAUCUGGCGGAUGCACACUGAAAAAUAAAUCUGCCCAGUCCCUGGAAUACUGUGCUAAGCUACUUGGCUUGGACCAGGAUGAUCUCCGUGUUAGCUUAACUACCAGAGUCAUGCUGACAACAGCAGGGGGCACCAAAGGGACAGUUAUCAAGGUUCCAUUAAAAGUAGAACAGGCAAAUAAUGCACGUGAUGCUUUGGCAAAAACUGUCUAUAGUCACCUCUUUGACCAUGUGGUAAACAGGGUAAAUCAAUGUUUCCCAUUUGAGACAUCAUCUUUUUUCAUUGGUGUUCUGGAUAUUGCAGGUUUUGAAUAUUUUGAACAUAACAGCUUUGAACAGUUUUGCAUUAAUUACUGUAAUGAGAAGCUACAGCAAUUCUUUAAUGAAAGGAUCCUCAAAGAGGAACAAGAACUUUAUCAGAAAGAAGGUUUAGGUGUUAAUGAAGUACAUUAUGUAGAUAACCAGGACUGUAUAGAUUUGAUUGAAAGAAAAUUGAUAGGAAUCCUUGAUAUUUUGGAUGAAGAAAAUCGUCUUCCACAGCCAAGUGAUCAACAUUUUACUUCAGUGGUGCAUCAGAAACAAAAAGAACACUUCAGGCUAUCAAUACCCAGGAAGUCUAAAUUAGCUGUUCAUCGAAAUAUUCGUGAUGAUGAGGGAUUUAUCAUCAGACAUUUUGCAGGAGCAGUAUGUUAUGAGACGAUCCAGUUUGUGGAGAAAAACAACGAUGCUCUGCAUAUGUCUCUGGAGUCCCUCAUAUGUGAAUCCAAGGAUAAAUUUAUCCGGCAACUCUUUGAAUCCAACACUAACAACAAUAAGGACCCUAAGCAAAAAGCAGGAAAACUAAGUUUUAUCAGCGUGGGCAACAAAUUCAAGACUCAGCUAAACCUUCUACUGGAAAAGCUUCGUAGCACUGGGUCUAGCUUUAUUCGCUGCAUCAAACCUAAUCUAAAGAUGACCAGUCACCAAUUUGAAGGUGCCCAAAUCCUCUCUCAGCUCCAGUGUUCAGGCAUGGUAUCUGUUUUGGAUUUGAUGCAAGGUGGUUUUCCAUCACGAGCCUCAUUUCAUGAACUUUAUAACAUGUACAAAAAAUAUAUGCCUGCAAAACUGACCCGUCUGGACCCUAGACUCUUCUGCAAGGCUCUCUUCAAAGCCCUUGGCUUAAAUGAAAAUGAUUAUAAAUUUGGAUUAACCAAAGUGUUCUUUAGACCUGGCAAGUUUGCAGAAUUUGAUCAAAUCGUGAAGUCUGAUCCAGAUAAUCUUGCUGACCUGAUUGAACGUGUGAACCGCUGGCUUAUUUGCAGCCGUUGUAAGAAGAUUCAGUGGUGUUGUUUAUCAGUUAUCAAAUUGAAAAACAAAAUCAAGUACAGAGCCAGUGCCUGUAUAAAAAUACAAAAGACAGUUCGUAUGUGGCUAUGCAAGAGAAAGCAUCAACCACGCAUAGAUGGCCUAAUAAAGCUUCGCACACUGAAAAAGAGACUUGAUAAAUUCAAUGAAGUAGUAACUGCUCUGAAAGAGGGGAAGACAGAAAUGAGCAAGCAGGUCCAGGAUCUUGAGAAGUCUAUUGAUGCUCUGAUGGCCAAGAUCAAGGCCACUGAAAUGCCUAGACAACAGAUUCAGAAGGAAUAUGAUGCCCUAGUUAAAAGCUCUGAGAAACUUUUGAGUGCCCUUCAGAAAAAGAAACAACAAGAGGAGGAAGCUGAAAGAUUGAGACACAUCCAGGAAGAAAUGGAAAAAGAAAGGAAAAGACAUGAGGAAGAAGAGCAGCGUCGGAAGAAGGAAGAGGAAGAAAGGCGACUGAAGUAUGAGAUUGAAGCAAAGAGAAAACAGGAAGAAGAGGAGAGAAAAAAAAGAGAGGAAGAAGAAAGAAGAAUUCAGGCUGAAGUUGAGGCUCAGCUGGCCAGAGAGCGUGCAGAAGCGAGUCAGCAACAAGCUCUUCUGGAGCAAGAGCGCAGAGAUCAUGAGCUGGCCCUGCGAAUUGCCCAAAGUGAAUCUGAGCUCAUCAAUGAUGAGUCUCAGCUGGACCCGAGUUUGCGCAGACCCAAUGGAACAAGGUGUCAAAUGACUGCGGAACAAAUGGCCAUAGAAAUGUCAGAAAUCUUGUCUAGGGGACCUUCAGUUCAAGCUACCAAAGCUGCGGCUGGUGUUAAAAAGCAUGACCUUAGCAAGUGGAAGUACGCAGAGCUGCGAGACACAAUCAAUACCUCUUGUGAUAUUGAAUUGCUGGCAGCUUGCAGAGAAGAGUUUCACAGGCGGCUUAAAGUUUAUCAUGCCUGGAAAGCCAAGAACAAGAAGCGCAAUGUCGAAAUGGAACAGCGGGCUCCCAAAUCAGUGACUGAUUAUGAUUUUGCACCAUUUUUGAACAACUCAACUCAGCAGAACCCAGCAAGGCAACUGUCUGUUAGACAGCAGCAGGAGAUUGAAAUGAACCGGCAACAGCGAUAUUUCCGAAUUCCUUUCAUCCGCCCAGCAGAUCAAUACAAGGAUCCUCAGAAUAAGAAAAAAGGCUGGUGGUAUGCGCACUUCGAUGGACCAUGGAUUGCUCGUCAAAUGGAACUUCAUCCUGAUAAGCAACCUAUUUUGCUAGUGGCUGGCAAGGAUGAUAUGGAGAUGUGUGAGCUGAGUCUUGAAGAGACUGGCUUGACUCGUAAGCGGGGCGCUGAAAUUUUGCCACGGCAGUUUGAAGAGUUUUGGGAACGCUAUGGUGGAAUCCAGUAUCUUCAAAGUGCAAUUGAGACCAAACAAGCUCGGCCGACUUAUGCAACUGCUAUGCUGCAGAACUUGUUGAAAUAAAUAGUUAUUUUGCACCUUCUGAGUAACAGAGGAACUUUUAACAUUCCAUAAUCAUGUAGAGAUGUUUAAUAUAAACAGAUUUUAUUAAUGUGUCGAUUUUUAGUUUGUACUUUCAAUGUUUUAAUUUGUGUAGUGAGCUCAUUCAUCCUCAAAAUCUAAACUUUUGUUUCCGUCAAGUGUGUAGUUUGCUUUGGGUCAGCAUAUGGUAAUACCAAUAAUACUGUAAUACAGAGCAGGAGUGGAAAAUCUAUGGCUCUCCUGUUGUUGCUGGAUUCCGACUUCUGUCCACCCCAACUAACAUAGCCAAUGCUGUGGGGUGAAAGUCCAGCAGUAGCUGGAGAACUAGAGACCCCCACCCCUGAUGUAGCAUAACACACUACCAAAAUAUAGUUCAGAACUACCCAAAAUGGCAUUUCGUCUUCUGUAGCACACCUCCCAGGUACUAUCUAGAAGAUGAAUUUCCACAAGAUAGAAGAUGCACUGUUUUCUCCACACUAGGCUAACUAGAACUGUGAGGCCUUAAUGUUCUUAACAUCUUAUGUACAGAAGUUAAAGCAGACUUUUAUAAGGUGAAAGGCAGUCCUUCAAUGUCGCUUGCAAACAAGCAUUUUGAGAAAAUGUGUCUUAAGAUUGAUUGCCGGGUGUCAUGUACGGAGAACAGAAAAACUUGAGCCUGAAGUGCUUUAGCAAUUCAGAACUGAAAUGGUUUGAUGCACUUUUCAGCAGUUGUGCAUGUGUGUGUGUGUGUUUUCUUUUUUAAAGUACUUUAUUUUUUACAAAACAGGUUCCUUCAGACCAUUCAUGUUUAAUUUUCUGUCAUAACUCUAUUGGGAAUCCUUUCUUAGUCAAAGUUAAAUAUAAUUCACAGAGGUGGUUCAAUAUAUCUCUCUGCAGAUAUUUAAGGCUGGAAUCACCAGAGAAAUGAACUUCAUGUGUUAAGCCAGCAAAGCUGAAUUUGAAUAUAGGGGAGCUGAACUUGUCCUUCUGUGCUUCACUGAAAUGAAUAUGGAUUAAGUGGAUUCUUUCUGGCUUUUGACGAAAUGGCAGAGCCCUGGUAUUUCUAAUUACAAUAUGCUGCUUCAAAUGGCUUAACUUCAAAGUGUUCAAGUAUUUUUUUUUU